ACUUCUACAAACGAGAUAUCACGAGAGCGGAAGUAAAUAUGGCUUACCAAUACCAACAACCUGCGCCGGGCGGUGUCGAUCCCCAGUUUCUCUGGGGUGUUUUUCAAAGAGUUGACAAGGACAGGAGUGGCAGUAUAUCAGCCAAUGAACUAGGCACAGCCUUGUCUAAUGGGACAUGGACUCCUUUCAACCCAGAGACAGUCAGGCUGAUGAUUGGCAUGUUUGACAGAGACAACAAUGGCACAAUCAAUUUUCAAGAAUUCCAAUCUCUGUGGAAGUACGUGACAGACUGGCAGAACACUUUCCGAAGUUAUGACAGAGAUAAUUCAGGGGCUAUUGAUAAAAAUGAACUCAAGAUAGCUUUACAAAGUUUUGGCUACAGAUUGUCAGACAGAUUUUAUGACAUCUUGAUCAGGAAGUUUGACAGGCAGGGGCGAGGCCAGGUUGCCUUUGAUGACUUCAUACAGUGUUGUGUAGUGAUGCAGACUUUGACAAGUGCUUUUCGAUAUCAUGAUACGGACCAGGAUGGCUGGAUACAGAUUUCUUACGAGCAAUUCCUGACACUCGUGUUUAGCAUGAAGAGCUGAUAGAAAUGCUGCAUUGUGCAUCAGAUAUAGAUAUUUUUUCAGAUUCAACUUCAUUUUGUAAAGGAAAAAAAAAAGAAAACACUUAGCACCUGUUUAACCUAGACACUGAUGUUUCUGCUGACUUACAGUAAAAAUUCUUUUAUUGUUACUCAAGUGUAAAUUCUCUGUGUGGAAUUGAAGAGAGCCCAAGUCGUCAAAGGGUAUAUAAACUAUUAUAGUUGAAUUCAAAGCUCUUAGUGGUAACCGUAGGACUUCGUUACGUAAGUCAAAUUUAUAUGUAUUAUUUGGUUAUUAUGAUUUUCGUGUCUGAAAGUGGUAUACUCAGACUAAGAAUGAAGAUGUAUUAUUUAGAAUGAAUGAUGUUUUAUGUUUUGACUAUUUUGUUUUUUAAAAUAUAUGUCCUUUGUAAUAUAUGGAGUGGCUCUUGUAAAUGGAAAACUGAAUUUGCUUGCAGAAUUAAUCUACUUUUUUCUAAUAUGUAAGAUAUAUUGGCUUUUCUUAUUUCAUAAUACAUUAAUAUCUAACAAAAGGAUACAAACAUUUAGAAUAGUAAUUUUAUUAAAAAAUAUUAGUGAUAUAUAAUACCACUGCAAAAUACCAAAAAUGAUUUUUCCUCAUGUUAUCUCUUCAAUUUGGUAGGAAUGUGCUAUCCUAAUACAUUAAGGUAACGAACAUCAGUUACCAAGUGUAAUAAAAUGAUAUACACAUUUUUAAAGCAGUUUAUUUUGUUCCAUGUUGAAAUAGGCAUGUAUCUGCCAUCUACACCCAGAAAGAAAGAAGACAUUAAACAAAUUUACUUUCUCUCUGCAUUUACAGGACUAGUUCACAAUGAAAUUAAUAAAAACGGACCGCUUUGCUCAUUUUUCUUGGUUUUCAAGUGCUUAUUUGGUAAUACAGAUCCAUGGCUACUGUGUGAUGGGAAGGGGUCAAUGGUUAAAAAUUCACCCUGUUUGUAUUUCACCUGUGCAGGGAAAGGGGGGAUAUCAGAGUUGAAAUGGGAAUCUGGCUUUGUGUGACUAACCAUAUUUCUAAAACGAAUGUUUUAUUGUUGCUUUUUGUACGAAGUUGAUUUACAAACAAAUACUUCUUUCUACCUGCUUCCUUGUUUA